UAAUCCAAUAACAAGUGUUUUGCAUUAGCAGGAGGGACAUGGCGCCACCACCAAAACAUAGUAUUACCUUAGGUUCGAAUUUGCCCGCUUGGCUUGAACAAAUUAGUUUGGAAAAGGCGACGCUAGAGGCCAUAGGCGAUGACUUUAAUAAAUUGGUAAGCGUUAGAAUUGAGAACGCUUCAAAGGAAGGAGAGAAUUAUUCUUCGCUUUUGAUGCGCAUAAACGCAGAAGUAGAAUUGAAAAAUGGCAGUUUUAAACGUGCGUCAUUUAUGUUAAAAACUCACCAAGCCAAUGAAACGGUAGCUCAAAUCCUGGACAUGUUCCGAAUCUUUCCCAAGGAAGAAGAAUUGUAUCAUAGGAUUAUACCAAGAUUUGAGCAAUUUUAUCGAGAUGUUGGAAAAUGCACACAAUUUGCACCUAAAGCGUUUAAAUUUGAUGUGGAUCUGAACAAAGAAUACAUUCUAAUGGAUGAUUUAUCGAUUAAAAACUAUAAAAACACAAAUCGGAUCGAAGGGCUUGACAUGAAUCACAUGCUAGCCGUUUUGAAGAAAAUGUCUGAGUACCAUGCCGCUUCAGCGUGUUAUGUGGAAAAAUACGGUUGUUUCAGUGAAGACUUCACCAUAGGUGUAUUUAGCGAAAAAAAUGUGGACAUCUUGAGAGAAUUCAACAAAUCAACGGCUUUCUUGUCGCAAUUAAAGAAAUGGCCGAAUUGUAGCAGCAUCUAUGAGAAAUUAGCCAACAGUGAUGAAUAUCUGGUUAAACGUCUGUUAGAGGAUCAGCGUGUCAACGUCGGAGAAUUCAAUGUGUUGAAUCAUGGUGACUGUUGGUCCAAUAAUAUUAUGUUCCAAUAUGAUGCCUUCGGAAAAAUCAAAGAAGUCUUCUUCGUUGAUUUUGCCUUGGCAAAGUAUGGAUCCCCAGCAAAUGAUUUGUAUUAUUUUAUACUGUCGUCGUGUGCAGCCGAUAUUAAAAUACCCAAGUUUGAAUACUUCGUACGUUAUUACUAUGAGAAUCUAGUCCAAAAUCUGAUAUUGUUGCAAUAUACGCGCCCACUGCCGAAAUUAACAAGCAUUCAUGGAUCAUUGUAUAAAAAUGGAUUGGCAGCGUAUAUGAUUGUAUCUAAGGUCUUACCGGCUACCAUCUUAGACAAAUCUGAGGAUGCAAAUUUAGAAAAUUACACCAAUGACAAAUCGAAAAUGGUUUCUGCAAUGUACAACAAUCCAAAGUACGUAAAACAAAUGAUGGAAAUCUUACCUUGGUUAAAUAAUCGCGGCUUGUUGGACUGGAAAUAGGCCGCAAUAUUAUUGUCUUGAAGCAAAUAAAUU